AUGCAUUUUGAUGGGAUACUUGGACUUGGGUUUCAGGAUAUAUCAGUUGGACAAGUGACACCAGUGUGGUAUAACAUGAUUGAACAAGGGUACAUGAGUCAAAAGAUUUUCUCUCUUUGGCUAAACCAAAACCCAGAUUCAAACAUAGGUGGUGAAAUUGUCUUUGGCGGUAUUGAUUGGAGACACUUUAGGGGUGACCAUACUUAUGUUCCACUUUCUCAAAAGGGCUAUUGGCAGAUUGAUGUUGGAGACAUUCUACUAGAAAACAAUUCAACAGGACUAUGUCAAGGAGGUUGUGCUGCAAUUAUCGACUCAGGAACAUCGUUGAUUGCUGGUCCAACCAGUGUUGUUACUCAAAUUAACCACGCUAUUGGAGCAGAAGGAUAUGUGAGUUAUGAAUGUAAAAACAUCAUACAUAACUACGGGGAUUUGAUAUGGGAAUUCAUAACUUCCGGGCUAAGACCAGAAAUUAUAUGCGUUGACAUUGGACUCUGCUCGCGUAACGGAUCACAUAGAAUGAAAUACUAUGAUGAUAUUGAAACAGUGGUAGACGAUGAAAACAUGGGUGAUUCACAACGAACUAGAGAGAGUCCGUUGUGUACAUUAUGCGAUAUGAUUGUGUUUUGGAUUCAGGUUCAGCUUAAGCAGAGGAACACAAGAGAAAGAAUAUUAAAUUAUAUUGAUGAGCUAUGUGAGAAGCUUCCGAAUCCGGUGGGACAAUCAUUUAUAAACUGUGAUAAUAUUCCAACAAUGCCACGAAUUACAUUCAAGAUUGGAAACAAAUCAUUUCCACUAUCUCCGAAACAGUAUAUUCUAAGAGUUGAAGAAGGGUGUUCUAGUGUGUGUUAUGGAGGUUUUGUUGGUAUAGAUGUGCCUCCUCCACAGGGACCUCUAUGGGUUCUUGGAGAUAUAUUUCUAGGGGCAUACCAUACAGUUUUUGAUUAUGGAAAUCUUCGUGUAGGAUUUGCUGAAGCUGCGUAG